AUGCAAGUAUUCACGUAUGGAUUGGAAUGCGCUGAUCCCAUGGGGCUAAUGUCAGGAGCUGUGGAAGAUUGGCAGAUAAGCGCCAGCUCUAUCAAAUCGUCAAAUGAAGCUCCUUCUUGUUCCAUCCGAUAUGCCCGACUUUUCCAACCCACGGGUAACGCUUGGUGUGCUGGCAACAAGAGGGCUCUGGAAUGGCUACAAGUUGAUCUAGGGGUUCCCACGAAGAUUACCAGUUUGAUGACUCAAGGACGUGCUGACGGAAAGGAAUGGGUGAAGUCAUACCUGGUGUCUCACAGCAUGGAUGCCUUUCAUUGGUCAUUCUGUCAAGACACAUAUGGAUCCAGACAGGUAUUUGAUGGAAAUGUGGAUUCUCAUUCCAUAAAACAAAGCUAUCUUCGAGACCCGGUAGUUGCGCGGUUUGUACGCAUUCAUGUCUUGGAAUGGCAUGAUUAUCCGAGCAUGCGUCUUGAAGUUGUGGGCUGUCAAGAGUGUAACAAAGUCAUCAGUAGUCCUCCAAAAGCAAAGCUGACUGCUUCCUCCUUCCGUCCAUGGCACAAGCAACUCACUUGUACCCCAGAAGAUGGUCAUAUUUAUAGCCCCGGAGCCUGGUGCCCCAAGAAAAAGAACGUUAACCAGUGGCUUCAAGUUGACCUGGGUCCUCCGACUACAAUAACUGGUAUAACCACGAAAGGAAGAGGAGAUGGCCAUCGAAAACACUGGGUAACAUUUUACAUGCUAUCUUACAGCAACGACAGUCUAAACUGGAAUUUCUACAAAGACGAUAACCAUCUAGAUCCAAAGGGUGUUCAAAAAAGUUCGUCAGAUGGAGUUAAGAUUGCACGAGGAAAAGAGCUAAUUAAUGCAGAAUAA